AUGGAUAAGUUCUUGGUCAAAAGGCCUUCCCCAGGCAAGAACAAACAAGAACCCUUAGAGAUGAAGGGAGGAGGGCUGGACUGUAUGAGAGAUGGGGGAGAGAAGAAAAGGCCCCGGUCAGAAAUGCCAGGUGCAGAUGAGUCUUUGGUGCAUUCUCCAUGGAAGCAAAUCCGGGCUGAGGGUCUGAACUGCGAUUACAAGAUCCUGUUCGGCAAAACUGAGGCUGACAAGAUUUUCCAGGAGCUGGAAAAGGAAGUGGAAUAUUUUGAAGGUGAUCUUACUAAAGUGCAAGUGUUUGGCAAAUGGCACAACAUCCCAAGGAAGCAGGUGACAUAUGGAGAUCCUGAGUUAACGUACACUUACUCAGGUGUUACCUUUUCUCCUAAGCUAUGGAUUCCAGUUCUCAACCGUAUCAGAGAGCGCAUCACCCUGGCCACUGGACACACUUUUAAUUUUGUUCUUAUUAACAGAUAUAAAGAUGGCUGUGAUCACAUAGGUGAACAUCGAGAUGAUGAGAGAGAAUUGGUUCCACGGAGUCCCAUCGCAUCAGUGUCCUUUGGAGCCUGCAGGGACUUUUUCUUCAGGCACGGUGCUUCCCGAGGGAAAAACGCCUCAUGCCACAUUGAGCCAGUCAAGCUGCAGCUGGCCCAUGGCAGUUUACUAAUGAUGAACUACCCCACCAAUGUGUACUGGUAUCACAGCCUGCCCACCCGCAAGAAGGUGCUAGCCCCAAGAAUCAACCUGACAUUUCGGAAAGUGAUGGCUUUACCCAAAAAAUGA